UGAGCGAGUCGACGAAGCAAAAUUGCUGUCUCGGCCUGCAACGGCUUGCUCGUGUUGGUUUGUCGUUUUCGCCCGCUCUAUUUUCCAUGGAAAACUCCGACUCCGGCCUCGACGGGGCUUCUUCACCACUUGUGAAAAAGGAGCAUUUUUCGCCGUCUGGAGAUGCGGCUUCCAAUGGGGGAAUGAAUGGCUUGACUAAUGGUCAUAGCGAAAAAGAGCGCAGUCACAAGUCGGAGCAUCGGGACAAAGAUAAGCACCGCAGUGACAAGCACAAAGAUAAGCACAGAGAGAAGGACAGGGAUAAGGAGAAGAAGCACUCCAGCAGCAGUAGUAGCAAGGACAAGCACCAUAGCAGCAGCUCGAAGGAUAAGCACAGGGAUAAAGAACGCUCUGAUAAGGAACGUUCCAAGGACAAGCACUCGCCCGACAAGGAAAAGGAGAGAUCUCGUGAUGCGGAAAAGCAUAAAGACAAGGAUCGCUCGGACAGGGACAAGAGCAAGCACGACGGAAAGGAGAAAAGCAAGCACGAGCACAAAAGCUCGUCUUCCAGCAAAGAGCACAAAAGCAGCAGCAAAGACAAGGAAAGAAUCAGCAAGGAUAAGGAAAGGGAGCACAAAGAUAAGGAUCGAAGCAAAGAAAAGCACAGCUCCUCCAGUGAAAAGAAGAGCAAAGACCACGGAAGCAGCAAGCACUCUGAAAAACCAAAGAUCAAGGACGAACCCGAGGAAUCUGCUGAGAUCGAAAUUGAGAAGCCUAGGAUGGCAAGUCCUCCUAAGCAAAUAAAGCCUGAGAUUGAGAGCGAAGACGAUGACAAGCCACUUCUUCAUAAACAGAAGAAUUGGGAAUCGAUGGAACGUGCUAGCCUCAAUAAGAGGAAGGCCGAGAUAGCAGGCGACGAUUCGGAGGAAGAUGUUCCCCUAAUGCAACGAAAAAAACCAAAGAAAGAAAAGGUGAACAAGAAACGUGUUAAGGAGGAAAGUGAGGAAGAGGAUGAUUUUAAGCCAGCCAAAAAAGCAAAGAAGAAAUCUAAGGUGGAGGAGAAAAAAUCUGAGAGCCCCACUAAAAGAGGCAAGAAGAAGGAGGAAGAGGAAAAAACUGUCUGGAAAUGGUGGGAAGAAGAAAAGCCCAGUGAUGGAACAAAGUGGUCGUACCUGGAGCACAAAGGCCCUGUUUUUGCCCCCGCUUAUGAACCUCUACCAGAUAGCGUAAAGUUCCACUACGGUGGCAAGCAAAUAAAGCUUUCAGAGCCAGCAGAAGAGGUAGCUGGAUUCUAUGCCAAGAUGCUGGAGCACGAAUUCACCACCAAAAAAACAUUCAACGAAAACUUCUUCAAGGACUGGCGCAAGACGAUGACUUCUAAAGAGAAGGAGUUGAUAACAGACUUGAAGCAAUGCGACUUCAAGCAGAUGCAUGCUUACUUCCAGCAAAAAUCUGAGGAACGGAAGGCUAUGACAAAGGAAGAAAAGCAGAAAAUAAAAGAAGAAAAUGAGAAAAUCCAGGAAGAAUAUGGAUUCUGCGUGAUUGACGGACACAAAGAAAAGAUCGGCAAUUACAAGAUAGAACCUCCCGGGCUGUUCAGAGGGCGUGGUGAGCAUCCAAAGAUGGGAAAACUGAAAGCCAGGAUCCUCCCCGAAGAUGUUAUCAUCAACUGCUCAAAAGGUGCACCUAUUCCAAAGGCUCCUGCUGGCCAUCGCUGGAAAGAAGUUCGCCACGACAACUCGGUCACAUGGCUCUGCUCAUGGACUGAAAAUGUUCAGGGUCAGGGCAAGUACGUCAUGCUGAAUCCUUCGUCCAAGCUCAAGGGUGAGAAGGAUAUGCAGAAAUAUGAAACGGCCAGGAAGUUGCACCGAAGAAUUGAUAAAAUCCGUGAAGAGUACCGUCAGGAUUGGAAGCACAAAGAAAUGCGAAUCCGCCAGCGCUCUGUUGCUUUGUAUUUUAUUGAUCGAUUGGCUCUGAGAGCUGGCAAUGAAAAAGAUGAAGAUCAAGCUGAUACAGUUGGUUGUUGCUCGCUCAGAGUUGAACACAUUGAGCUGCACGAAGAGAAAGAUGGCAAGCCGUUUGUUGUUGUCUUUGACUUCUUGGGUAAGGACUCGAUCCGCUAUUACAACGAGGUGCCGGUGGAGAAAAGAGUCUUUAAAAACCUUCAGCUCUUUAUGGAAAACAAAAACGAGGGCGACGAUCUGUUCGAUCGUCUGAACACCUCUAUACUCAACAAGCACUUGAACGAUUUGAUGGAUGGUCUUACCGCAAAGGUUUUCCGUACAUACAAUGCCUCUAUAACACUUCAGAGGCAGUUGGAAGAACUAACCGUUGAUGGUGCAAAUCUUCCAGAAAUGAUGCUUUCGUACAACCGAGCAAAUCGGGCAGUAGCUAUUCUGUGUAACCAUCAACGUUCUGUCCCUAAAACUCAUGCCAAGUCCAUGGAAAAUUUGAAAGCCAAAAUAGAUGCAAAAAAACAAGCUGUUGAAGAUGCGGAGCAGGCCUUCAAGGAUGCGAAGAAGGAGUUCAAACGCAGCAAAUCGGAAAAAGACAAGAUCAACGUGGACAAAAAGAAGAAAGCAUUUGAACGACAGCAGCAGCAGCUUGGGAAGCUGGAGUUGCAGGCAACAGAUCGCGAAGAGAACAAGGAAAUAGCCCUCGGCACCUCCAAGCUGAACUACUUGGACCCUCGAAUUUCCGUUGCAUGGUGCAAGAAAAACGACGUGCCGAUUGAAAAGGUAUACAACAAAACUCAGCGAGAAAAGUUCCGUUGGGCUAUUGACAUGGCCGGACCUGAAUUCAUUUUCUAAAUAUUUUAGAACUAUCCGAAUCGCUUACGAAAACCUCUAAUGAGGUUUUCGAAAAUCCAGAUAAUUUAAUUUUGUCUAUGUUAAAACAGUUUGUUCGUAAGAUAUAAAAGUAGGAUUAUUAUUUUAUUACUAUGCAAGAUGCAAACAUAUUAGAAAGGGGCAGAUGAUUAAGCUUGGAAAAAUUUCUCAAGAACAAGAUAUUGGUAUUGCAAAUGUAUGAAAUCGGAGGAGAUUUUAGUAGACAAUCGUACCAAAAAGCACCCCUAAAUUCUUAAAUUACCAUCUGCACUGCACUAAUAAUAUUAAAGCGCUCUUGCUACUCCUUGCGGAUUUAUUAGAGUCUCCUCAUCCAAUCAAUGCACUUGAGAUCUCCUCAGCAGUAGUGACUGUGACUUCUUCAUUUGAAACUGAACGACCUAAUAUUUAAUGCAUGUAUGUGUUUACCUUGCUUAUUGGUGGUGUGCUAUUUUUAUCAUUGAUUGUUAACUGACCUGCCAAGCUAUUAGCAUCAAAGAAAGUUUGCUAAGAUUAUUAAAAUCCCACUUGGUAGGUUCAAAACCUUUCUGUUGAGACAUUUUUCUGAGCAGAGACUUUUAUGAACUUAUAGAGUAAUAUUUUAUUUACACAAGCUUUUGAUAUAUUUAUUCCUAAAAUCAUCAUAAUUAUGCGGUUGUUUGAAUUUUACUUGCAUUGCACAGUUGAUGGUUUCUCUUGAUGCUUAUGUGAUUUCGAUUACGAACUUCUUUGUAUCUUGCAAGGAAUUUUAAGCCUCAUUAUAAUUUUAUUAUUCUUGAAUACCUACAAACUGUAGAUUUAAAAUAACGCAAUAAAGUAAUGUUGCUCGUAAUAAAUGCA